AUGGCGGCGGAGAAGCCGAGCUUGGUCUCCCUCAUGGGGAGGCCAGCCAUUGGGGACUUCGACUGCGGUGUUAACCUUUUCUUUCAAAUCAUGGGCACCAUAGUCUCCGUCACAAGUGGCAUGCAGUUUGUCAUGUCAGCUCCUUGGAGUCGCGACCUAGAGAAAGCAGAAGUAGAAAAGAUGAUGGCCUACCUUACCGACGUCAUCUACGGCAAGAUUCUCAACGGGAUGUGCUUCACCAUGAUCUUUGGCACUUGCUACUACGGAUGGAUGGCCCUUCGCAUGAGGAGGAAGGAGAAGCGUUUCGAUGUAAUGUGCUUGCCGUACGGCAUCAAUACUCCUGCCGCAUUCGCGUUCGUCUACCAAAUCAUGGCAUCAGCGGCCCGCAACGGGGCAGCAGAAGGAUUGGGCUGGAAGGAGGGGAUCGACAGGACUUGGCAGGUGGGUUGUGCUGCGAACCUCGCUGCUGGCUUCCUCGCGGCGCUGGUCGGUUUCGCUGGCUCAACAAUCCUGAGGGUGGCCCCAAAGGCGUCGUUGCUGAUCCCGCUUGCAGGCCUGGGCUUGACCUAUUUGGGCAUCGCGCAGGUGCUUCUGGUCUUCGCAGCGCCGCAGGUUGGCUACGUGCCGCUGAUGGUCGCAAUACUGGGCUAUUUCGCGAACUUCCGCUACUAUCCCCUCCCCGUCGCAGUCGUGGUCAUGAUUGCCGGUGUUUUCGUGGGCUGGACUUUCAGUUCUGGAUGGGCAAACGGGGGCGGAACCUGGCAGGGAGUGAGGGGCGCUGGCAGCCUCUUCGACUUGUACUUGCCCACCUUCAUACCCUUGGACGCGUUCAAGGCGAUCCCGCAAGUGACUCUGGACAACAUCAACGUCAUCCUCCCCGUGGCGUUCGUCGGAGCUAUCAACACGCUGGUGUCUGUGUACAACGCGCACGAGGCGGGUGACGUGUUCGACGUCAGGGAGGCUCUCGUCAUUGAUGGCUGUACGACGAUGGUGUCGGCCCUCUUCGGGUCGCCCUUCGGCACGUGUGUGUACUGCGGGCACAAGGCGCUGAAGGAUUCAGGCGGCAGGAUGUACCAUCAGAGCAUCAACUGCGCACUGUUCUGCUUCUUCUGCCUCACCGGGCAGUUCGCCAUGGUGGCCGCGCUCGUUCCCCCGUACGCGAUCGCGCCGAUCAUCCUCUUCGUGGGGCUGGCGAUCUGCCAGGACGCCUUCGUAGUCAUCGAGAAGCGGCACCUUCCGGCAGCCAUUAUUGGGCUCAUGCCGGCGAUCGCAGAAUGGGUAGCCACCGUGAUACCCUUCGAAUGUUCUGGAGAUCCUACCCUGACGUCCCUAAAGGCUCUCGGCGUCGGUGCUCUCCUCUCCUCGAUGAUCCUGACCUCUUUCAUCGUCUUCUCUAUCGAUGGCAACUUCUUCCAGGCAACGAUCUGGGCGUCCGCCGGUGCACUCCUGUCGCUCUUGGGCAUCAUCCACCAGCCCAGCCCAGACCUCACCUUCAAGACUUUCCGGGGCAAGACGCUGGAGGAUGGAACGUCGACGUUUGCCGCCUCGCAGUGUGCCUUUAUGACCGGCUACCUCACCACAGCUGUGAUAUGCGCCACGAUGGGCGUCUUGCAGCGCAUGGGCUUCAGCCGCGUGCCACAUAAGGCCGCGAUUGCCGAGGAGGAGGACCUCAUGCCCGUUGAGAAGAAGGCCUCCGACAUGGCACAGGUCAUCGCGGAGCACGCGAUCGGACCGUUUCAUCUCGCGGUAGGCCCGCCCCGCUCGUCCGCAAGCGACCAGGAUUCCACUGGGAGCGGAAGCGAUUCCGAUUAG